UUCCUCAGCACAUUGACCCUGAUAUUGCCUAGUCCCUUCUCUGGUCAGAAGACUAUUUCCCCGACCUUUCCUUUCUGAGAUCUGGGAACCCUGGGCGGAGGGAAGUUUCCCUCAACGAGGACCUCGCUGGCGCAGGGCAGGGUUCAGGCCUGCGCGCGGGAGUGUGGGGCGCGCGGUGGUUUCGCGCGGGGAUGCGCGCGCGCGCGCCUGCCUCGCCUCCCUCGCCCGCUCCGGUGCUACGUGCUUUCUUUGUCAAUGAGGCGCCGCUCUGAGCUGCAGUAGCAUUCGCGGCUGGAGCUGGAGUCCAGCGAUCCAGUGAACCGACAGGGACAGAGACCCGGGCACAGGGGCGGCGGCGGGCGGCACGCUGCACGAGCCAGGUCCGCGGGUCCCCACGUCUCGUAGCCUCGCGCUCGAGGUGCAGCAUCCGGCCCCGGGGAGGGGACCAGGGCGCCGCCCGUCCCACCCUCGCCAUACCGUGGGAACCCUCAUGCAACCCCGGUACCCGCGCGCCUGAAACCCCGGCUCCGUUGAGCCCUCCUCCGACCGAGGCAGGACGAGCGAGCAGCUCGCACCUCCUGCCUCCCUCCGACUCCCGGGCCAUGGCCGGAGAUGCCCGGUGAGGAACGGUGCGCGGAGGGCUGGGCUCCCCGGCGCGGCGUGGAAAGAGGCAGCGGCCUGGAUGUAUGAACAGUCCCUAUGGCUCUGCAGGAGGCGAAGCCCCAGGGCCCGAGCAAAGCUGGGCCGGCGGCGCGGGAGCCCAGGGAUCGGCCCCGGGAGCAAGGGCUCUGCGGGGCGGGCGGGAUCGCCGCGCGCUGCCAGGGCGUGAAGAGCUCCGGGGCCCGCGGCUCGGAGGAUGUGCUGCCGCUGCCGCUGCGGCCGCUGCUGCUGGGACUCUUGCUGCUGGCUGCCCUCUCCGGGAACUGCCGGGCCGACUCGGGGGCAGACAAUCUACAGACACAUGUCACUCCGACCUCAGAGUCCUUUCCCCUUGGGAAAUUGUUGCCAAUUUCACCAACAUGGCCUUUCUUGGAAGUCAAGUCUUCCUCAGCAGCGGACAGAAUCAAGAAUGUGCUGGGACAGCCUCCUGACAACACAACCUUGACACAGCUAUCCCAGACACCUCUGCCCAAGGCACACCGUAAGACCAGGGCUCAUGUGGACUUCUCCUCAUCCCUUUACCAAGGAAGUGGACAUAGCGCCUCCCUGGAUCUUGCCAAGGACCCCACUGAGACUCUGGUCCAAACAAGGCCUGAAGGGGGAAGAGAAGCAGCGGACAUGUCAGUGGAAACCUCAGUGUCCUCCAAGGGAGAACUGUCAGCCACCGCAGCAGCCGCCGCCACCACCACACUGUUUCUGAGGAAGUCAAGUCCAGCGCCACUGUCUGCAGCCCUUACUGCUAAGGGCACUGGCGGUGGCGGCAGCUUAGCCAAGAGCAGUCUGACCACUGCUCUAACUAAAAAUGUCACCAACAAGGCAGCACCAGGUCCAAGGGUGACAGCAGGGACAGUCCACACAGCCUUCCCAUUCACACCAACCUACAUGCUUGCCCGGACAGCACACAGCAUGAGCACUCACACAGCCAUGCAAGGGGCCUCAGGCUCUGUGUCAGGCCUGUUGUCCACAACACACCUCCCCAAGAAGCCCCAAGCCAUGCACACUGGCCUCCCUAAUCCUACCAGGCCAGACACACCCAGAGCAUCCACACCCCGCCCACUGACAAUCACAGCUGCGCUGACGUCCCUUACAGCAUCCGUAAAGGCCACUAGACUGCCUUCUUUGCAGACAGGAAACACAGAUGCUGCUUUUCCGGCUGUGUCUACUGCAAUGGUCACAACUGGCAGGAUGGCAUCCAACUUGGACUGUCAGAUGUCCCACAAGUUCCUCGUGAAGACAGUUUUCUUCCUAACUCAGAGGAGAAUACAGAGCAGUGAGUCCUUGAAGCUUGGUGUAACCAAAGGGCUCACACAAGCAUUGCGGAAGGCUUUCCACCAGAAUGACGUCUCCGCUCACGUGGACAUUCUGGAAUAUUCUCAUAAUGUCACAGUUGGCUAUUAUGCUACCAAAGGGAGGCUGGUGUAUUUGCCGGCUGUGGUGAUGGACGUGCUGGGUGUAUAUGGAGUCAGCAACGUCACGGCCGAUCUGAAGCAGCACACUCCCAACUUACAGUCUGUGGCAGUGCUUGCCUCCCCAUGGAAGCCCCAGCCUGCAGGUGCCUUCCAGCUGAAGACAGUGCUGCAGUUUGUAAGCCAGUCAGACAACAUCCAGUCCUGCAGGUUUGCCCAGACAAUGGAGCAGAGGCUGCAGAAGGCAUUCCAGGAUGCAGAGAGGAAGGUCCUCGGCACCAGGAGCAACCUGACAGUUCAGAUCGUGAGCACGUCCAAUGCCUCCCAAGCCGUCACACUGGUGUAUGCUGUGGGCAAUCAGAGCUCCUUCCUCAACGGCACCGUGGCCAGCAGCCUCCUUAGCCAGCUCUCAGCUGAGCUGGUAGGAUUCUACCUCACCUACCCUCCACUCACCAUCGCUGAACCACUGGAAUAUCCAAACCUUGACACAUCAGAAACAACCAGAGACUACUGGGUCAUCACAGUGCUCCAGGGUGUGGACAACUCGCUGGUGGGUCUGCACAACCAGAGCUUUGCCCGGGUCAUGGAGCAGCGCCUGGCUCAGCUGUUCAUGAUGUCCCAGCAACAGGGUCGGCGGUUUAAACGUGCUACCACCUUGGGAAGCUACACUGUGCAGAUGGUGAAGAUGCAGCGAGUGCCAGGACCGAAGGACCCGGCGGAGCUGACCUACUACACGCUGUACAAUGGGAAGCCACUGCUGGGGACUGCAGCAGCCAAGAUCCUGAGCACCAUUGAUUCCCAGAGGAUGGCCCUGACCCUGCAUCACGUCGUCCUGCUGCAAGCUGACCCCGUGGUAAAGAACCCACCCAACAACCUGUGGAUCAUCGCUGCAGUGCUGGCUCCCAUCGCCGUGGUCACCAUCAUCAUCAUCAUCAUCACUGCCGUGCUCUGUAGGAAGAACAAGAACGACUUCAAGCCGGACACCAUGAUAAACCUGCCUCAGAGAGCAAAGCCUGUGCAAGGCUUUGACUACGCCAAGCAGCAUCUGGGCCAGCAAGGGGCAGAUGAGGAGGUUAUCCCUGUGACUCAGGAAACGGUGGUCCUCCCCAUUCCUGUCAGAGAUACUCCUCAGGAAAGAGACACGGCUCAGGAUGGCAGCACCAUCAAGACGGCUAAGUCUACUGAAACCAGAAAGAGCAGGUCGCCCAGUGAGAAUGGCUCUGUCAUCAGCAACGAAUCAGGGAAGCCCAGCUCAGGGAGGCGCUCACCCCAGAAUGGAAUGACACAGCAGAAAGUGACAAAGGAGGAGUCCAGGAAGAGAAAUGGGACAGCAAGCGAUGAAGAGGAGGGAGCAGGUCUCUUUGACAGUGCUGGCAAGGCGGCAGCGGAUCCCUUUGACACAUCUUCUGGAUCCGUGCAGCUCAUAGCUAUCAAACCGUCAGCUCUGCCGGUCGUGCACCCCGCCUCAGACAGGGGCCCGGAGUCUUCAGCGGCGCUCAACGGCGAGGUGAGCAAGGCUCUAAAGCAGAAGUCAGACAUCGAGCACUAUCGGAACAAGCUACGCCUGAAAGCCAAGAGGAAGGGGUACUAUGACUUCCCCCCAGUGGAUGCAGGGAAAGGCCUAACAGAAAGAAAAAAGAUGUACGAAAAGGCCCCAAAGGAAAUGGAGCAUGCUUUGGAACCAGACCCAGAACUGUGUGCUCCUUUCGCAGAGUCUAAGAACAGGCAACAGAUGAAGAACUCAGUCUACCGAAGCCGGCAGUCUCUGAACAGCCCGAGUCCCGGAGAAACUGAGAUGGACCUUCUGGUCACACGAGAGCGACCCCGGCGUGGAAUCCGGAACAGCGGAUAUGACACUGAGCCCGAGAUCAUAGAAGAGACCAACGUGGACAGAGUCCAUGAGCCCCGGGGCUACGGCAGAGCACGGCAGAUGAAGGGCCACUCGGAGACCUCCACACUGAGCUCGCAGCCUUCCAUCGACGAAGUCCGGCAACAGAUGCACAUGCUUCUGGAGGAAGCCUUCAGCCUGGCAUCUGCUGGCCAUGCGGGCCAAAGCCGGCACCAGGAGGCCUAUGGCUCCACUCAGCACCUGCCAUACUCAGAGGUGGUGACCAGUGCUCCAGGGACCAUGACUCGGCCCAGGGCUGGAGUGCAGUGGGUGCCCACCUACCGACCAGAAAUGUACCAAUACAGCCUGCCCCGGCCGGUGAGUCUGUCCUACCAUCUUUGGAUUAGCGCUUCCCACUAGAUUCCAACAGGGAACCCAGAGCAAGGAUUCGUAAAUUUAGAAACAAGCAGUGCUGGAGUCUUUUCUCACCCUUCACUCACGAUCCACAGACAAACCUUGUUCUUAAGGGACAGGUUCCUGUGAAACCCUAUGUGACACCCCAGCGCAUUUCCGUUUCUGCUUUCUCUCCUGAAAGGGUUAACCCAUUCUCCACUCACUAGUGGUUUCCCCCGUUUUCAAACAUGAACCCCAACUUAAAUGUCCAAGAGCCCUGUGUGAAGGGCCUGUGUGUCGGGGUAACUUGACCAGGAUUCCCACCUUGACCACUUUUCUGGUUUUGAAACUUCAGAAAGUUGCUUUAAGUUUCUGCAGGUAAA